AUGCCUUCGUCAUCCUCAUAUGUAGCUACUAGACGACAGGCGAGUGAUUCGACUAUUACCGACUCUGGUAGAGGAUCUGAGGACACCUCUAAGACCAGUGGUCACAGCUCUAUCUACACCAGAUACUUGAGUCAAUUUUACAAGACGAAGUUAUGCAAAUACCACUUAGAUGGGUUUUGCAAUCGUGGUGAUAACUGUACGCAUGCGCACAGUGUUGAAGAGCUCAACAGUCAGCCGGACCUAGCUAAGUGUCGUAUGUGCCGAGUUUUCCUUCAAACUGGUCAUUGCGCUGACUCUCAGUGUCCUUAUGCACACGACUUGGAAACAGUUAGAUCGUCCAACGCGUUUUUCCGCACUAAGAUGUGCGACUUUGCAAAGCAAGGCUUUUGCAAACUAGGAAAUAGAUGUCGAUACGCCCAUUCCGGGAGUGAAAUCAUCCAAGAUGUUGACUAUUCACCAAAAGCAGAUGACUCGAAGAAGCCGAUUCAGCCAGGUUCUGCCGAUAUUGGCUUAGAAGGCAAGAAGAUGUAUGCCAUACAUAAACGUCGACGCAGGGGUGGUAAGAAUAUCACUAAGAGUGAGACAACCCCGUGUCUCGAACUUACGAUUAAGAAUCAGAAUAAUGGUGGUAAUGGUCAUAGCAGUAGCAUUAGAGUUAGUUAUUCAUGCAUGUAG